GGGUCCCGCAGGCCCCAUGGAGCAGAGCGAGCUGCGCGCCCGCCUGGCCUGCGCCGGCCAGAGCCAUCUCCUGCGCUUCCUGCCCGAGCUGAGCCGCGCCGAGCAGCGGGCGCUGAGCGAGGAGCUGCGGAGCAUGGACUUCGAGGAGCUCGGCCGCUUCUUCCGCAGGGCCAUGGAGAGCGGCGGCGGCGGCGCCGGCCAGGACAAGGUGGACGCCCGCAUGGAGCCCGUGCCCCGGCAGGUGCUGGGCAGCGCCACCAGGGACCGCGACCAGCUGCACGACUGGGAGCAGCGAGGUCUACACCAUAUUUCUCAGAGCAAAGUAGCUGUUCUUCUUCUAGCUGGCGGUCAGGGGACAAGGCUGGGUGUUUCAUAUCCCAAGGGAAUGUAUGAUGUUGGAUUGCUGUCGCACAAAACGCUUUUCCAGAUCCAAGCGGAGCGCAUCUUGAAGCUUCAGCAGCUGGCUGAAAAAGAACAUGGCACCAAAUGUGUUAUUCCGUGGUACAUCAUGACAAGUGGCAGAACAAUGGAAUCCACAAAGGAGUUCUUCUUGAAACACAAGUAUUUUGGUUUAAAGAAGGAAAAUGUGGUCUUUUUCCAGCAGGGGAUGCUGCCUGCCAUGGGGUUUGAUGGGAAAAUUCUUCUGGAAGAGAAGAGCAAAGUUUCCAUGGCACCAGAUGGCAAUGGAGGACUGUAUCGAGCUCUCGGUGCCCAUGGUAUCAUUGAGGACAUGGAACGGCGAGGCAUCGGGAGCAUCCACGUGUACUGUGUUGACAACAUCUUGGUGAAGGUGGCUGACCCCAGGUUCAUUGGGUUCUGCAUACAGAAAGGAGCAGAUUGUGGUGCAAAGGUGGUGGAGAAGACGAACCCCACAGAGCCAGUUGGUGUGGUAUGCAGAGUCGAUGGCGUGUACCAGGUGGUGGAAUACAGCGAGAUCUCCCUGGCCACAGCGCAGAAACGCAGCCCUGAUGGCCGGCUGCUCUUCAACGCAGGCAACAUCGCCAAUCACUACUUCACAGUGGCAUUCCUUCGAGAUGUAGUCAACACUUACGAGCCUCAGCUGCAGCACCAUGUGGCCCAGAAGAAGAUCCCACAUAUGGAUGUUGCCAGUGGGCGGCUGCUCGAGCCAGACAAGCCCAAUGGUAUCAAGAUGGAGAAAUUUGUCUUUGACAUCUUCCAGUUUGCCAAGAAGUUUGUGGUGUACGAAGUGUUGCGGGAAGAUGAAUUCUCGCCUCUGAAGAAUGCAGACAGUCAGAAUGGGAAGGACAACCCCACCACAGCCCGGCAUGCCCUCAUGUCUCUACACCACUGCUGGGUCCUCAAUGCUGGGGGCCACUUUGUGGAUGAAAAUGGUACUCGCAUCCCUGCAAUCCCCCGCUUCACAAACGGAAGGCCAGAUGCCAUCAGAGCUGAUGUCAAUGACAAUUUGAAGGAUGCAAAUGAUUUGCCAAUCCAGUGUGAGAUUUCUCCCCUUGUCUCCUAUGGAGGAGAAGGCCUGGAACAGUAUGUGAAAAAUAGAGAGUUUCGGGCACCUUUGAUUAUUGAUGAAAAUGGAGUCCAUGAGCUGGUGAAGAAUGGAGUGUAGACUCUGAGCAAGAAGCCACCACACCUGGAAGUGGUUGUUUCUUCAGCUGCCAGAAUGUGAAUAUGUGCAAAUGAAGAUUUCUAAUCAAAAUGGGUAGGCAGUUGGUCUUGCUCACCUUGAACUCAGAUGGGAGUAACACAUUUGGCUCUUGGCAUGUUGGUGGUUUCUAUUUAUAUUUUAAUUUAAAAACCAAACAUUUUAGCAAAUCCCCUGAUGCAAAGUGCACUUGUGGUGUUGCUCUCCACACUCUGAGCCAUGGGCAUUUAUUUUGUAAUGUGUAUAUAGUAAUAAAUAAUUGUACAUGCAGAAGAGUUUUUACGGUACAGGGGAGGGGAGGGAAUUAUCUUAAAUUUUAUUUUUCUCAAAUAUACAUGACUAUUUUUUUUAAUAGGGUCUUUGUCACUGCCCAUGUCCUGCCGUUUUAAGUCAUCAUUUGUACAUUAGAGAUGGCACGGUUGGAAGAAAACACAAAUAAAUCUCUGAA